AUGGAGAAACAUGAGAUAGAGGAGCCAAGCUCUAUUGAGCACCUAGACGACCAAGUCAAGACCAUAUCUCCUAAGAUAGAGCUUGAAGACCCAGAUGCUCAUUUGAGCCCUGAAGAAAGACAGAAGCUGGACAGAGCACUUCUGUGGAAGCUCGACCUUAGAUUAGUCCCUUGGCUUUCGUUGCUGUACCUUGUCAGCUUCCUAGACCGAACGAAUGUCGGAAACGCAAAGCUUGAGGGUCUCUUGAAGGAUCUUCGCCUCUCAGAUGGCCAAUAUGCGGCAGCUUUGACCAUAUUCUUUGUUUCUUAUUCCAUUUUUGAACCGUUGACCAAUAUCUUAUUGAAAAGAUUAAAACCUAGUCUUUUUAUUCCAGUUAUCAUGGUUGUCUGGGGUAUUUGUAUGACCACUAUGGGCCUUACUAAGAACUUUUCAGGUUUCAUGGCCGCGAGAUGGUUCCUAGGAUUCACCGAAGCGGGACUUUUCCCAGGUGUCGGCUACUUUUUAUCCUGCUGGUACAAACGAACCGAAUUCGGCAUUCGAAUGGCUAUCUUUUUCUCUGCGGCAGCGGUGGCCGGCUCGUUUGGUGGCCUACUUGCUGCUGCAAUUGCAAAAAUGAAUGGAGUUGGAGGCAAAGCAGGCUGGGCUUGGAUCUUUAUCUUGGAAGGCUUAGGUACAAUCGUCAUUGCUAUAGCAUCAUUUUGGAUGGUGCAAGACUUCCCGGACACUGCAACAUUCUUAUCUGAAGAUGAUCGGAAACGAGUCCUAUUGCGUCUUGCAAAGGACAAGCAAGCCAGUGCUGGACAUGAGGAUUUCAAAAUGGAAUAUUUCUGGGCUAGUAUAAGAGAUUGGAAAACUUACGUUUCUGCUUUCAUAUACGCUGGAUGUGUUGGGCCACUCUAUGCCUUUUCGCUCUUCCUCCCUACCAUUAUCAAGGAACUAGUAAGCUUUUCACCUCCCUUUAUCUAUGAGUUUACCCGGCCAUGGUAUUGA